UAAUCUUAAAGAGUUGAUUUACGUUUCUCUGCCAAUAAACGUUGAUUUGCAUCGUUACCGUUGUUCCUUGUUAACUGGCGUGGUGGCAGCGCUUAAACAAACCCACGUUCUUCCCCUACACACCGAGGACGAGCGAGUUCAUGGACAUUUGAACAAUAAACCAGUGCACAAAACAACUUGCUACAACAAAGGCAGUGACGAGGCAGUUUUUCUUUGACUGUUCAACGCAGAUUGACUGCUAUGGCUGGUGUAAGGGCGCCGAAACUCAUUUUCCUUCUGCACAUUAUGCUUGAUUUUGAUCUUAUAUGGUAAAUCUCAUUAUUUCAUUUAGUACAUUUGUUUGUAUGUGUGGAGAUUAUUGGUUGAUUUCAAAUUUUCAUUGUGAAAUCUUGGUAGGAUCACAGCAUUUUUUUUUUUUUUGGAAAAUGUGUUUUUCUGUUAUUAUGUUGGAGAUCUGGGUUGUAGAGAACAGGGUGGGGGUCCAUUAUUCAUAAGGGGUCAAAGUCACACGCCGAUUGCCUGUGGGUAGGAUAGUAGAUUGUUUCUUAACAGGGAUCACAGCUAGGUCAGUGUGUAUUUCAACAUGUAACUCAAUAAACCUCUAGGGUCUAGGCUACCUAUCUGGCAAAGCUAAUGCCGAUUCUUUGUAUAAAAGGGUUCUGACUGAUUGGAGAUUUUUGAGGUGGAGAAGUCGCAAAUAUGUCAGAGGAACAGGGUUCUCGGGAACGCUUAAUUCUGCGUAUUUGUACGCAUAUUUUUUGGAAAAGGACGCCAAUAUAUUCCAAGCGCGAUUCCAUGGGACGCGUAAAAAAUUUGCCGAGUGCGUAGCUUCCCCGAUACACUAACUUGUCAAAUUUUCUCGCCUGUCGAUCAAAGGUGGAGUUUGCAGUGGCUGCUUUGCGCUCUCAACCAAUCAGCGAUCGCUGUUUUCCAAUAACUGCCAGUCGAUUAAGGUAGUAUUGCUUACGCAAUAAAACUAAUCAACACGCGACAAACAUGCUUUUGAUUAUGUGCUAAGUGUGUAAACCAAUUUAUUUUCAUAACACGCGGCUGACUUAGGCUUCUUUGUAUUUGCCGCAAAUUUAGAUAAUUAGAUUAAAUGAGGAUUAAAUUAUGACUUAAAAUAUCGGUGUUUGCAGGACAUUAACUGGACUGAAUUGUGAUGUUAUUCGCAGCUAUCCUUGAAUUAAUGUGACAAUAAUUGUUUCGCUUUGUUUCCACAAUGGAUGCGAGACAACAUAUAUUUCAAAUGCCGACAUCGUUCGGUCAUUUAAAGUAUUAUUGUGGAAUAAGAACGAUUCAAAUAAAUGCAAAAUUUGGAUAUUCAAUUUCUGGUGUAAUUAUGUCACAGUUAACAUUGGAAAAACUCGGCAUUAAACGCAAAUGUGUAGAAUCGUGUUCAAAUAUUGAAAAUGAAAGUGAAACUGUAUGUGACUCAAACCAAAAGAAAUCAAAAAGGAUUAGGACUGUAUGGAAUGAUUCAUGGUUCAGGUCAUUUCCGUGGAUUGAAAAAGUGAAUGAAAAUGACAAUGUUAAAGCUAUGUGUUCUUGGUGUAAACUGUCAAAAAGGACAAAUUCAAUGGCAACAAACGGUUCACCUAAUUUGCAAAGUUCAACAUUCAGUAGGCAUGAAAAUACCAAAGAUCAUCUUCUCGCUGCUGAGGCUCACCAGGCAAAGAAAAAGAACACCACGGUAAAGCAGGUUGUUGAGACAAUUGCCAUACGUGAAAAUGAACUUGAGUGUGAUGCUUCCAAAGAAGCCCAGGUGAAUACAAUGUACUACAUAGCCAAAGAAGGCCAGCCACUGAACCAGUACAACAAAGUUCUGAAGCUUCAGGUAAAAAACAAGUGUCGUGAUCUUCAAGACCCAACCAAACUGUACACUGGUGAAGAUUCAAAGACAGAAUUGUUAGAUGCAAUCAAUGCCACACUGGAAGAGAAGAUUGAUCAAAAUAUUGCGCAGUCAGAAUUCAUUGGUUUGAUUAUUGAUGAAAGCACAGACAUUACAGUGUUUAAGAAGUUAAAUGUCUAUGUUAAAUGUGUAGAUAGUGCUAACAAAUCAGUGAUCUUCUUCCUUGAUUGUAUAAAUGUGCCAGAUGGCAAGGCCGAUACCAUUGUUUGUGAAAUAGUAAAGUUGUUUGAGAAAAAGAAAAUUCCCAUGUCCAAACUGAUAACUUUAGCCAGUGACGGUGCUUCAGUUAUGACAGGUCGUAAAAAUGGUGUAGGUGUCAAACUGAAAGAGUAUUCUCCACAAUUGAUACAGAUUCACUGUGUUGCGCACAAAUUAGCCCUUGCAGCUGGUCAGGCCUGUAGAGAUAUUCCUUUACUUAAUGACUACCAACAUACACUUAAACUGAUUUACAGAUAUUUCAGCAACUCCGCAGUAAGGUACAAUGAACUACGCGCCAUGUCUGACAUUAUGGAAGAUGAAAACAUUGAGUUUCUGACACUUAAAGAACCAGCCAGUUUUCGUUGGUUGUCACUUGAGGGGGCAGUUCGCGCCAUAUUAGAUUGUUACCCUGCCUUGUACAAUACUCUUGAACAUGAUGCUGCAAAAGGGAAUCCUGACGCAAAAGGCCUGUUAACAAAAUUGAAAAAUGUGACCUUUGUCCUUGUGUCUGGCUUUCUAAAAGAUGUUCUUUAUGUGGUAUGCAAGCUGUCCAGAGUUUUUCAGAGAGACUUAAUUGAUGUGGAGACAGUCACCUUGAUGAUUGAGUCAACAAUAAUGAAACUUAAACAGUUAAAGAAUGUGAAUGGUUCUGAGUUAGAGAAGGUAUACAGCAGUAUUCAGGAUGAUGUGUAUCGUGGUGCCAAAUUGACCGACAGAGAGCAGCUGAGGAUGCAAUUUCAGAACUCCUCUUCUCAGUACUUGGAACAGUUAAUCGAAAACAUAGAAACCAGGUUUGAUAAACAAUCAAUGAAAAGUCUGCAGCUUCUGAAUGUUGUGUUUCGCCCAGCUGGCAUACCAAAGAAUGUUACUGACCUAGAAAGUCAUGGUGAGUCAGAAUUAAGGGAACUUUGUGAACUGUAUGGUGGUGAAUCUGGUGUUAUUGAUUCUGACAGAGCAGUAGCUGACUACUUCCAGUUGAAAAUUAUUUUGAAAUCGCUGAACAUGUCCCUGUCUGAUGCUUGUACCCACCUUCUAGGAAACUACAGAGAUGUAUUUCCAGACUUUGUCCGACUUGCCACUGUGUUACUGGUUUCUCCAAUUACUUCUGUUGCCUGUGAACGGGGUUUCAGUGUUCACAACAAAGUAAAAACCAAGGGACGUGCCAGGCUGAAGCAUGACACUGUUACUAAAUUAAUGAGAGUUAUUGAAGAGGGUCCAGCGAUCGAGGUGUUUGACCCUAAGCCCGCUGUAGUCAAGUUUUGUGAAAUGAAAAAUAGGAGAAAAUAAGUUUGAAAUGGAAUUGUCAGUGCAAAGUGUAUAUAUGUCUAAAAUGUGAAAAUCAACAAGAACUGGGCCUUUAAAAACAUGUUGCGAUCAUGUAGUUAUGUCAUUUUACCAUAAAUGCUGUUACUUAAAUGAAAUCGUCAUGUUAUUGAUUGUGAUAAUGAGUGUUUUCUUUCACUUGCAUAAGAUACUUUGUUUAGAACUGUUCUUUUACAUUUACCAUGAAAACAGUCAUAUAAAUGGAAUUGUCAUGUCAUUGAUUAUGAUAAAAGUGUUUUUUUUUUUCACUUGCAUAAGAUACUUUGUUUAGAACUGUUCGUUUACAUUUACCAUGAAAGCGGUCAUAUAAAUGGAAUAAUGUCAUGUCAUUGAUUAUGAUAAAAAGUGUUUUUUUUUUCACUUGCAUAAGAUACUUUGUUUAGAACUGUUCUUUUACAUUUACCAUGAAAACAGUCAUAUAAAUGGAAUAAUGUCAUGUCAUUGAUUAUGAUAAUGUUUUCUUUCACUUGCAUAAGAUAUAUAAAUGGCAUUGUCAUGUCAUUGAUUAUGAUAAUAAGUGUUUUCUUUCACUUGCAUAAGAUACUUUGUUUAGAACUGUUCUUUUACAUUUACCAUGAAAACAGUCAUAUAAAUGGAACUGUCAUGUCACUGAUUAUGAUAAUAAGUGUUUUCUUUCAC